AUGUCUGUCCCUCAAAAGUCUACCGUACUUGUCAUUGGCGGUGGCCCCGCAGGCUCAUACGCAGCUUGUGUACUGGCUAGGGAGGGUGUUGACGUUGUGGUCCUCGAGGCCGACGUCUUCCCAAGGCACGACUCAAGAUACCAUAUUGGAGAGAGCAUGCUUGCAUCAAUGCGCUAUUUGUUACGCUUCAUUGAGCUGGAGGAAGAGUUUGAUAAGCAUGGCUUUGAGAAGAAGUUCGGGGCCACGUUCAAAAUCACUGAUAAAAAGCCCGCAUAUGAAAUGAUAUUUCGAUAUGCCGAGAAAUGCGGCGCCAAAGUCUUUGAUGGGACAAAGGUUGACGAAAUCACAUUCGAACCCUAUGAUCAAGAAGGCUUCGACAGGAAGAUCCGCCUGGCCAACCCAGGUCGUCCCGUCUCCGCGAAAUGGUCACGCAAGGACGGUACCAACGGCUCCAUCAGCUUUGACUACAUCAUCGACGCCAGCGGCCGCAAUGGAAUAAUCUCCACCAAGUACCUCAAGAACCGGAGGCUUAAUGAGGCCUUGAAGAACAUCGCAAACUGGACCUAUUGGAAAGGCGCCAAGCGCUUCAACCCUGGCGAGAAGAACGAAAACUCACCAUUCUUCGAGGCACUGUCAAACGGCAGCGGCUAG